CAGGGCGGCCAUUUUGUAUAGACGGUCGAUAUGGAUAGAAGGUCCCAAGCAUACCUAUCUUAUCCAGUUAUUUGAUCCUCGAUACAAAAUUAGAGUGUGUUUGAAACAGCUUAUUAAAAACUUUAGCCACCGAGGAUGAGUGGAGCCAACAGUACGCCUCUAGGAAGGAUGAAUCCAGCCAUUGGUGCAGGGAAAAAGGUUGCCCCUAUUGGCUCGUCACUCCUCAAGCCAAGCUACAUGAGUUCUGGUGGACCCUCAAGUACAGCUUCUGCAACUGCUGCUGCUGUUGCUGCUGCUGCUGCUGUCUCUGCACAAAUCAACCACAGUCAAAAUCCCGGAAAGAGGGAAAGUGAAGCUAGUUAUGAUGCAGAACAGGAAGAAAGAAAGAGACGUAGAAAAUCAAGAUGGCAGGGCGAUGAGAAGGACAAGACCUUCAUUCCGGGUAUGCCGACGGUACUUCCCAGUAACAUGUCAAAAGAUCAGGAGGAAGCUUACUUGUUGCAGCUGCAGAUUGAAGAAUUAAGUCGACGACUUCGCUCCAACGAUCUGGGCAUCUCACCUAAUCCUGAAGACAGGUCACCGUCACCUGAGCCAAUUUAUAAUAAUGAGGGUAAGCGGCUGAACACGAGAGAGUACCGCACCCGCAAAAAGCUGGAAGAUGACCGUCACAAUUGCAUAACAAGAAUGAUGAGUAUCAAUGCUGAUUAUAAGCCACCCGCUGACUACAAACCUCCAGUAGUGAAGGUUUCAGACAAAGUGAUGAUCCCACAAGAAGAACAUCCAGAUAUCAACUUUGUUGGCCUUCUUAUUGGUCCACGUGGAAACACACUCAAGGCAAUGGAGAAGGACACAGGUGCAAAGAUAAUAAUUCGGGGCAAAGGAUCUGUUAAGGAAGGCAAGGUUGGACGUAAGGAUGGUGGACCCAUGCCUGGAGAAGAUGAGCCUCUGCAUGCAUAUGUUACUGCCAGCAAUCCAGAGAGUGUCAAGAAGGCUGUUGAUAGGAUUAAGGAAAUUAUUCGACAAGGUGUUGAGGUGCCAGAAGGCCAAAAUGAUUUGAGAAGGAUGCAGUUAAGAGAACUCGCACUUCUUAAUGGUACCUUACGUGAAAAUGAUGGACCAAGAUGCUCCAAUUGUGGAUCUAAUGCUCACAAAUCAUGGCAGUGCCCCGACAAACCUAAUGUCACUAACAAUGUUGUUUGCACAAGUUGUGGUGGCACGGGUCACAUUGCUAAAGAUUGUCGACAGCGUCGUGGACCUGGUGCUCCUGCCUCUGUUGAUCGGCAAAAGAUUGAUGAGGAGUAUAUGUCUCUGAUGGCAGAGUUAGGUGAAGGCCCUCCUCCUCCUCAAAAUAAUGAUCGCAAUAGUAAUCGACCAACACCUCCAGCGACCAACAGGAGUCUCUUUGACCGCCCACAGGGGGCUCCACGUCCUCUAAUGGGCCCUCCACCUCGCUCUGAACCUCAAACCUCGGUGAAUAAUCAGUUCAACAGCAAUAACCAGAACCAAGGAGGGAUGAACCAGCAAAAUUCUUGGAAUUCCAAUCAGAUGGGAGGACAAGGAGGUCCACGCCCUUUGUUAGGUAACAGCAAUGGUCCUCCUAACCUGAAUCAACCACCACCAGGAAUGCCUUGGCAGCAGCAGCAACAACAACAACAACAAUCACAACAGCAGCAAGGUCCAAACAGUUUCCAAGGAGUACCUCCCCCAAAUUUACUGCAGGCACCACCACCUCCCCCACCACCCACAACACAGAAUGGACAACAACAGCAACAGCAACAACCAAGUUGGAUGGCUCAAGCCCCACCAGGCCCACCUGGUGGUCCUCAGGGUCCUCAAGGUCCUCAAGGUCCUAGCAAUCAUGGUGGUCCCCAUGGCGGUCCACCAAAUGGUCCACACGGAGGUCCCCAUGGUGGCCCUCAUGGUGGACCACAUGGUGGUCCUCAUGGAGGGCCUCAUGGAGGUCCACCACAUGGUCCCCCUCCACAAAUGAACCAUUGGCAAGGACCUCCUCCAGGUCCUCAUCAUGGACCUCCAGGAAUGGGAUGUCCCCCUCCUGGACCAGUACCACCACCACGGCCCGUUGGACCACCCCCAGGUUGGGGCUGGAAUGGCCCACCACAGCCAGUUGGCCCACCACCGCCACCUCCUCCUGGAGGUCCUGGAGGCCCAGGAGGCCCUGGGGGUCCUGGAGGUCCUGGACCCAGGGGACCUGGUGGUGUAGAUCUGGGAGCCCUUCUAUCAGCACCGCCCCCACCUCCACCGUCGUAAGUAGACUUCCUACAACAAAAGUACAAAUAAUUCUCUGCCACUGAAUGAUGCAUACCCAAGGACUUCCAUACCAAGGGUUACCUUCUGAUGCAUACAUGUACAACUAUUCAAGAAGUUUUAGUGAGGCAGUAUUGCCCUUUUAUUUUUAUUUUUUUUCUUCAGUUGUAGCUUUAUUCCAUAAUGAAUUCUAUAACUGGAAAUAUGGAAUUACAGUAAAAUGGUGUCCUUAGUGAACACAUACAGUAUGGUAGGAUGAACUAAAUGCUGCAGAUAUUUUAUUGUACAAAUCCUUUUUAUGAAAAACUAUGAAACUGUAGCUUAUAUAAGAAUAGGAAAAGAUAUCUAUGGUGACCUCAUGAGGAAAAUAAUUAUUCCCUUCAGUGGAAUAGAUUUUUCUUGUGUCCAAUUAACUUUUUCCCUCGUGAUUUUAUUUCUGUAAGAAAAUCGCAGUUAUCUGUGGAUUGUGUUAUGAAUGAAUAGGGGUAAGAAUUUUUUUUUUAUUAAAUCUUGAAUCAUCUGUAUGAAGGAGUAAAUAGUUGUUGCUGUCAGUGUUUAAGUUAAUUGUAUUAUUAAUUUUGUGUAUUUUAAGUCAAAUCAUAGCUGUUUACUAAGAAACUCAUGGUGUGACAUGUCCAGAAAUAUGUGAAAGUUACACAGAGCACUUGUAGUGAAUGCCUAAUAGGGAAGGUAAUCCUUAAAAAUGACAAAUCCUCACUGAUUGUGCUCCUGCGGUGUAGACUGUGAAUCCUUAGAAAUUAGACUCGAACAAGAAAAAAAAAUGAAAGGAUUUGUAAUCAUGAAUUUAAGUGCAGAAGUGGAUGAAAUUUUCUUUUGAAGAAGAUACGCAGUUGACGCAUUGUGGUGCAUAAUAAGGUUUUGAGAAUAAAUAACAUGUUUCAAUUAUUAAAUUAAAAGUUUAUUUAUACAUCAUGUAUGAUGCCACAAAUCUUUCCUGUAAAGAAUUGUGAAAACCUGUACAUAAAGCACUGACAAAGGG